UAUAGAGUCUAGCUCCGAUCAUACGAUCAGUUAGUAGCACAUGAGCGCUCGUGAAGCGAGCAUCGAGACGUUUCUCUUCGGAGCGGGCGAGGAUGUCAGUUCGUGAUCGACGAGCGACUGUGAGAGGAGCCAGUAACGUUUAAAAAAAAAAAAGUCUUAGAACGCGCGUGCACGUCGUCGAUAUCCGGAUAUCAAGAGAGCGAGGAGCUCGGGGGUAGAAAAGGGAGGCCCACUCGAGCGACGGAAGGAUAACGAUUGCGACGCGCGCUGUUUAUCGCUGCUCGGCGAGCACGUGUGGACGCGGAAUAUUGUACGUGCGACCGUAGGAGUCGUCGUCGUCGUCGUCGCACAGAUAAGCGAGGUGGCAAGAGGUGAAGGUGUUCUCUACGUAGUGCCGAUCGGAGGGAUAGCCGACGCGCCACGGUCCAUCAUCCACAGUCGAGUCGCGUUCACGGGAGAGUAGACACUACGUGUUUACGUUCUCUCGCAAUUUUUCGCCCGCCGACAAGUGUUCAUAAACGCGACGGACGCUCAUCCUCUGGACGCCUGUCUCGAGUUUCGUCCCGCGGAAGCGAGCACUUUAUUUAUUUUUUCUUUUUUUUUAUUUUUUUUUUAUUUGAUUGUGGUUGUCUUGCGAGCUAUCGGAUUUACAUCUCGCACGUACGCGGAGGUGCAUCGAGUUUGGUGGGAGAACCCGAAGUGUAGGAGGAUCGUUCGCGCGACGAGUGAUCGUUUGCGAAGGUGAACGACGAGAAAAAGGAAAUUAUAAGUAAAUAAUUGUCGAAUCCCUUCGCCGAAGCGCGCGGGGAUUGUGAUGCGAGUCGCCGACUUGACGUCACUUUGAGGUGAAGUGUCCGUGGUGUUUACCUUCGGAAGCGGCCCGAAAAUGCUGCCGAUGCAAGACUCGCCGAAGAUCAUCUUCGGCUCGCAGUUCGUAAAAAAGGAUUCGCUCACGCCCUACUCAGAUGCCACGCAGACGAAGAAGAACAGUCCUAAUCGCGUCAAGAGACCCAUGAAUGCGUUCAUGGUCUGGUCUCAGAUGCAGCGCAGGCAAAUCUGUGAGGUUCAGCCGGAUAUGCACAAUGCCGAAAUCAGUAAAACAUUAGGGAAGAAAUGGAAACAAUUAACGGAACACGAAAAGCAACCUUUCAUACAGGAGGCCGAGACACUCAGGAAGUUCCAUCAGAAAGAGUAUCCAACUUACAAGUACCGACCUAGAAAGAAGACUUCGAAACCCACCGGGCUCAUUUCGAAGGCAAAGGAGAGGAAAAGAUCGCGGAAAUUGGUAUCUUCACCGUCCCCAUCGCCGUCGUCAUCGAUGCUAUCGACGCCAUCGAACAGCCCGACGUCGAUGCUGGCCAGUUCAUCCUUGUCACCGCUGUCGCCGGUCUCCGCGGCGCCCGCUGCUAGUCACGCUGCCAGGACCAGAAACGAUAAUAAUAACAACGUCCAACAGCAGAUGCUGAAGAAAUCAACGAAAAGGCUACAAUCGAGUGUCAAAUCGAUGUCAAAAUCGAUCACCAAACUAACUCUGGAAACUGUGAAAACCAUGGAGAUGCCGGAGACGCCACAGCACACGCUGCGCUCCGAUGUGGAUUACACUCAACGGUCAACGGUGACCGCCAAGGUGCCAACCAGCCCGACCUGCGAUACCCCUGACUCGCCCGAGUCCGCCUAUUACGACGAGAGCUACCAUCCCGAGAAUGUCACGUCCAACAAUACAUCGAUCUGCAACGUGCCUCCUAUCAAGAUGAAGCAGGAGCCAAAGUUGGAACCGAAGUUGGAGCCGUUGGACUCGAUGGAAUUGGAUCAGACCAGUUUCGCCUCGAAGGACAUAUGUCUGGCGUCCUUAGACUUGCCGUCGAUGAUGCGAACGGACAAUCGCGGUUACUGUCAAACGAAUUUGACUUCCGCCAUCCGGCAGACGAAUUUCGCCGUGAAACGGGAACCAACCAUGAACACAGUCGCACCCCCGAUGGCCAUGCCUACGCAAUUGCCGAUCGUCCCAACAACGACGACGACGGCCACCACGGGAUUCAUCUUCGACGAGGCCCUUUUCACGGACGAAUCCCUCAAGGAACUCAUAGGCAACUACGAAGACUUGCCUAACCAAACUUUAAACGACUUAUCGUCCGACGUGUCCGACUACUUCAUGGGGGAGGAUCAUUUCGAGUUUUCUCGCAGUCCUGAGGAAAUUAUGUCCAUACUCAACACAUCUGACGAAUGCUAUUGAAAAGUCGAAGGAGAAGAUGAGGAGGCAACAAGAAAAUAAACGGAAUGUGCAUCGUUGGUUUGUAUGCAGCGUUUUUCACGCAGAGAGAAACAGAGAGAUUCGCUAAUCGCGUUACAAAUAAUUAUUCUCAGGAUGCGCGUCGCGCGAGAACACCCGCUGAGAAGAAUUCGUCUACCGUGUUCCGCGAAUAUUUCGAAUUUAUUUGUAGAUUUCGGCCGAACGUGCCGACGUGAUGCGCGAAAGAUAACGCACAUUAUCGCGCUAUCGAUACUUUUUCACACGGAUCGCAUGUUCGAGUUCGACUGAACGAAUCAUCAUCCGCGUCUUCGUCUUUUGUACUUGUCGUUAGAGUAAAUUAAAGUUACUCUUCGAAUGUACGAGCGUUUUCUUCAACCGGCGCGCGUCGUGGCUUUCCGUUUCGUGCAAAUCAAAUCUGCGACCGUCAGAUCAGAGAGACGAAAUGUAUCUCUUUUAAAAGAAGGGAGAGAUGCGAUUGUUAGCGAUUUGCAGUUAGCUUUUAACACGAUAUUCGCGGAUAGCAAAAAAAAAAAAAGAAUCCGCGAUAAUCAGUUUACAUAAGUUGUUAAAAUAGAUUCAAGAGAUUUGGCAUUACGUGAUCUUUAUUGGCUCUUCCCUUUUUUUUCGGAGAUCCGUGAAAAAUAUCUUGAGAUUUUCGUUUCAUUACUUCGCUGGAUAAAUCAGAAAAUAAUCAGUUAAUUCAAUCAACGCUUAUUUAUUUUAAUUUAAUAGAUCCUGUUUCACGAAUACAUUCUUGACGCGCCGAUUUUGCCGCGACGCACAUCAAACUUACUGCUUUUGACGGUGCUGGCUUUUCUUUACAUAACAGUCUGCCAUUAUCAAAAUUUUUAGAGAUCUGAAGCGUGACCAGGUGUUCGUUGGUAUUCUUUAAUUUCGUUCGUAUUCCGAAUGGCACGGUAUAUACGAUUAGUGAGACGCUAGCGAACACUUGGCGAAUCAUUUGCAUUAAUCAACAUCGAUCAUUUCGAGAAGAAAAAAGACACAACCGAUAGCCACGAUGCGCGACGGUUUCAGAAUCGAGAUUUUUCUUUUUUUGUAUAUGUACUGUAUACUUUUGUAUGAAGUUAGAUAAGAGAGCGUGGGCGGGCGGUUGGGUCCGCAUGGUUUGUAGACGGAGCCAGAUGAUAAUUCGAUGAUAAAGUAAUAUGAGAGGAACGUUCGCAAGCAGGUUUACUCAUCCCUGCGCGACUUAACCGCCCGCUUUUUGUUGUAUACAUAUAAUGAAGCUGUAUGUAGUAGAAUAUAAUGUAUACUCAAAUUAUAAGUGAACCCACAAUCUUCAGCAGUGGAGCAAACAACGCACGUUGUUUUGCACGACAUCGGUGCUCUUUCCCAAUCUCUGUUCAAAUUAUCUAAAGAAAUCUGACAAUUAAAAUUAAAAAUGAAACUUUUUUUCAAUAUUUUAAAAAAAUUAAAAAAAAAAGAAUACUAAUAGAUUUAAUAUAUUAAAUUAAAAUUUGUAGUUUUCAUAGUGUACGAAGUAUUUAAGUUAAUUAAAUAAAUUUAAUUAAAGUUUAUCUUAUAUGUGAAAAUUAAUAUAUCGAAUUUUUUAAAAUCAAGGUAGAUCCUCAAGGUAGUUUCUCAUCUUUUGGUUCUUGCUUAUUCGUGUCUCUCUUCACUUUUUAUUAUUACAUUUAAUGCAAAAUAUCUCGACAUUUUAUUAAAUUGAGACGAUAUUAAAACAUAAAUUGAAAGUUCCAUUUUAUUUUUUUACUUAUAUAUAUGUUCCGAUGUAUAAGCAGACAGAGAACGGAAACGAUCAAAGUGCAGAAAGAAUUCAACUUUAGCUUAAAGAGAACUUAAAGUUGUUUCCGCUGAUGGAUCAGAAAUGAAAACAAGAAACACGGCUUGCUAGUCCAUUACUUUAAACGAUCCUGGAUAUCUGAGGAUCUAAGAAACCGUGUUUCAACGUGAUAUGAAACGAACGUGAGAAGAACACCGAUCAUUAUGACGUGCGUCCAUUGCUUCAAUGGAGAUAUAUACAUAUAUAUAUAUAUACAUAUAUAUAUAUUGACAAAAUGAUAUGGAUGUUGAAGAGUGAACAAUGCGCGAGAAAUCGCUACGUCGACGAUAGUCGUUGCGUUCCUCCCGCGAGGAAGAGCGAAGCGAUCGGCACGAAUCAGUCACCAGGUGCUCCCUCGACAAGCCUCGUUAUUGGUUUGGGAUGAGCAAACGCAAAAAUAACGAUCCGUACGCCCAGUCGAGUUUGCCGUUUCGCCGAGAUAAUGUUGAAUGGAUGCGUAUAGAUCGACGUGACGCGAAGCGACGAGAUGUACUUUUAGCGAAUUUGCUCAGAUAAUUAUUGUCGGUAUCGUUGAGGUAUCCCCAAAGAUUUUUCACUGUUUUCUCCGAAAUAUAUCCUCGGAGAAGAAAACAAAAAAUGCAGAGAGAGAGAGAGAGAGAGAAGAGGAGGAAAUUGGUAUUCGCGACGCAAAGGGCUACGUUUGUAGGAUUGUAAGAUGGGGAGGAGAAUUGUCGAGCGGAGGCAAAAGGCGCGUCGCUUCGAUCGGGAACGGGAACGAGCACACAGGGAGGAUAACAGCGCGAGCGUUUUCUCCGUUCGAUCGCGCGCACGAGCGACCGAUCGACGCUGGAUCCAGCGGUUAAGACCCAGCGUUGGCAUCGACGUCGUUGCGGGCGGAGUUCGGGGCGAGCCACGCUCGGCUGGCUGCCCGCGCGGUUAUCGAUAUAUCAAACACUUGAUCUCAUAGUCUCCGUAUUACAUUUACGUUUGCGUAGCGGUUAAUUUUUCGACGAUUGUUCGUAAACGAUGAUUAUCGAUAGUCGCACCGAUACCAGCGAAUUCACUACCAGAGGCCCUUUCUUUUUUUUUUUUUUAUUUCUCUUCGUAAGAUUCGCACGCUGCCGCUUUGCGACGUAGCGGACCUUAUGUUACUAUUAUUAUUACUAUUCGUAUUAACAUUGUUAUAUAGCUAUGUUAUAUAAUAAAAAUUAUAGAUCUGACAACACCGUUAUCAUAUCUAUGAUUCUUAUUAUUAAUAUUUUUAUUACUUUUAUUGUAAUUAUCGUCAUUAUCGAUUAUCGUCUUAAUUAUUAUUUUUAUUAUAACUAUCAUUAUCGAUACUAUCGCUAUUAUUGCUGAUAUUACCAUUAUUGUUCGUACUUGCUACCGUCAAUUGCGGAAGAGAGAAAGGAUUCGGCGAACAGUCUUCUUGAUCAGUACGAAAAGAUGAGCGAGCGGCUCCGACGCGACGUACGCGACGUGACGCGCGCGGAGUACGAUCGAUAAACUUGAAACUUAUCGGGAAAAACGGGAAGGGGGUAGGGAGGGAAGUUGAUUUUUGAUCGAUGAGCAAACGAGUUGCUCCGUGUGAAUUAUCGCGCUCGCAAAUUCUGUUUAUCUCUACUUCCUUCUCUUUCCUUUCUUUUUUUUCUCAUCAACUUGUAGACGAGCGUCGCGACGUUGCGUCGCGAACAGCGCUUUUUGAUUUUCUUUUCGAUUUCUUUUUUUUUCUUUCUUUCUUUCUGUCGAGAAACGAUCGAGGGCGAAAGGCUCGACGUUUUCGGCGGAGGGCGCGAACGGGUGUGCUCGGAAGAGAAAGGAAAGGGAAGGGAAGGGACUAAAAAGAACCAGAUGUAAAACUGAGAAAAAGAGAAUAAAAUACAAAGGAAACACAGUGCCUAUCACUCCGGUCUGGAAACUCUCGUACAAAAAUCAUAUACAGGGCCAAGAGGAACAAAGUAUAAUGUUAGUGUUGAUAGCUAUUUACACGAAAGCGCAAUAAGAAUUAUUACGAUUACAAUUGCUCCGAAAUUCUCGUCUCCUUUACUAAGGCACGUCUCAGGAAGCUUCGGGCGAUCGGGGACUCCGCCGAUCGGGGUCCUCGCGAAACGGGCAGAGAUCGAAAUCGGCGGGAUUACAGUGAAGGAAACGAAAGGGUGAGCCGUAGCUCUAGGAGCGAAUAAUAAUCUUUCACGAGUAAAACAGGCUGUGUCGAUUCUAAAGUUGUUAAAACGCUUCUUCGCGGACAGCACUACAUAUCAGGCCGCGUAAAACGCCACGCUCGUUCACCACGCUCGUAGCCGCACAAAACGCAAUUGGGAACUGCCAGCAGCAUGAUACGCGCGAUACCUGCGUCGAAGUAUAAUCUCAACGUCUCGGUCAUUAAAGUGAAUUUUGUUCCAUUGCACCCGCACAUCGAAUCAUAGCGCUUGGGGUGACUUUUCACGACACCGAAGCAACGGAAGCGGAACAUGAAUUAAAUCGCAACACCACACGAUCAUCUCUCAAUCUAGCUCUCAAGUGUUACAAACUAUCGCGCGAAAUUGUUCCAAGUUUAAGGUAACGACCCUCGCAAUCUUCGAGCUCUAGGGCUUUAGAUUCUCGCGUCCGAAGAUCAGGAUGGGCGGGAGGGAAGUGGGCGGGGAGGAAUGAGAGUUCAGAUAUCAUAAGUUACUCGAGCAAUUUGCAGCCGAGUGCACACGCGGCGACGACGAAGGGCACUUGUGCAAACAGAGGAAGGCGAUGAGCGAAAGAGUACGGGAAAACUGACUUCGGGACCGGUCUCGAUAGAGCGCGAGCCCACACCAUUUAAUCCGCCCUCGCGACUCGCUCUGCAGCUUCGCGAAAGCCAUUGUUCGCGCGGAUAGAGAUCGGCGAUAAGUACGCAACGCGCAUUGCCACGUACGUUAGCUGGGUCACAGUUCGCACGCGUGAGAGGCUCCGACCUCUCUCUCUUUCUCGCGCGGGGGCUACACGAUCGUGACGCGACGGGUGCGCGUUCGGACGAAGAGCCGUUCUUGCGAACUCACGUCGGAGCGUGACGAGCGCGGCAAGGAUUGUAAAGCAGGGGCGAUUUCAAGCGACCUUGAUGGAAAACCCGAUAAUGAUUCGCAUAAAUAACCUGAUAAUGAUUCGCAUAAAUAAAUCGGUCAUUAUCGCGCUAGAAAUAGAAAGGUAUCGACCGAUUUAUGGGCGGCCGUAGAACGUUGAGAGGAAAGAAGAAGAAAAUGAAGCGACGCGGUGCGCAUCGUUUGUCGCGAGGAUUUCCCUCCGAUUCGCGAAUCGAUACACAUUCGUACGUGUAUAUUCGCUUCUGUACAGAAAAAGUUGUUUGGCACGUAUGAAGAACCGGCUCGCGUGCUUGAUCGUUUCUGUCUGUCCGAAGUUUUGUCAAGUUUUUUUUUUUCCCGUUCGCAAAUUAACGGCCGGCACUAUUUAGAUUAUUCGCCGGAUAAAACUCCUUUCGUCCAAACACGCAUUCGUUACGAUCGUAAUUUUGCAUCGCGCUCAGUGGAAGAGGCAGGGAAGCGUGUCCGCUCGGCGGACGCGGGAGCGGGAAUUUCGUAUGUGAGCGGGUACAACAGCGAGAUACCUAAAUCGAUGGAUAUAUAUUGCAGAAGCGACCAAACAAAAAAAAACGAAGGAGGAAAAAAAGAAAGAGAGGAAGUUAUCGAACGAGUUACAAAGUAUCUGGGACGGGAUACCGUAGUUGUAUGUGUUUAAAAGAGAAAAAGAGUUCGCGGCGCCGCGAAGAAAGCGAGACGAUGCCGACUUGCGUUUUGCUUUCACGUAGAUUUAUCGGAAUGUUAUCGGAGGGUCUCUCUCUCGUAUUCCCGUCUCGCGCCGCGAAGACGCACGCGUUACACGACAAGAGCCGGGAACGUGGGAAAACUCUCUUGGAUUUAGUGCUUCCACCAAACUCAAUCGCUGAGGUUUCUCUUAAUUUCCCUCUUCGAACGCAGGUUGCGUUAUACACGUUUGCUUCACAGUGGUGCUUUUGUAAAAGAUAAUCAACUUCGCGCGCGAUGUAUUCCUAUCAUUUGUUUCCAAUUCCAGAUAUAACUGUACAGGAUUAUUUUAUACACGUUAAAGUUGAAAAGAAGAAAAAAGAGAUAUAUAACGAUUGCGAGUUGCGCGUGUUCAUUGUAAAGAGAAGUGUUCAAUUUUAAGAUAUUAUUACACUUUACGUUUCAAUUGGAAACAAUGCUGCUGAAGCUGCGGGAAUCAUUUGCUAGCUAAAACAGAAGAUUUCGAAGGUUUUUCGAUCUUUCGGAUCGAAAGACGUUCAGGCCAAACCAAAAUGUUUGAAAACGAACAUCUCGAGCAACUGUUGAAUGAAAACUCCGCUCAACAGGAGCUUGCAUUACAACUGGGAAUUACCCACCAAUGCAUAUCUUACAUCUUUGAAAAAUUUAAAAGGACAGCAAAUGGAUUGCGCACUUCAGCCCGGAAAGCAAAGAGUGAAGAUUCGACACGUCUUUAUUGACUUUGCUUCAACAAAAAGAAAGGAUUUUUUGCUUCAACAUUAUUACGGGUCAUAAAAAAAUGGGUAUUGUACGAUAACUUUAAAAUGUCUCGUUUCUCUCUCCAUUUUUUUAAAUAUAAACGUUUGAGUGUUUUAAACGGCAUUUAGAUUUAAAAUAUUAAAAUAUUUAAAACUGAAUCCUUUAACAACUUUAAACGUUCCAAACGCCAAAACCAAAAAUGUUUUAAUUUCGAACACCAAGUGUUUAAAACUAAAACAUUUUCAUAUAAAAAAAAAAAAAAAAAAAAAAAAUCCGGAGGCAGCAGUAAAACGUUUCGACAUUUUAAAAUCAAACACUUCUUUUCCGAGUGUUUCUGCGGGAACACGCGCAACUGCAUCGGCAGAUCGUUUCGUACAGUUGCGUUCGGAUUUACUUGCUUUCUUCGCAUCGCAACCGCCUUCUAUCCGUGACGAGUGUCGUCGGUACGACUUGGAGUGCCGCGAGCUUAUUGUCUGAUCUCUAAUAAUCGUUAUGUACCAAAUAUCGCGUUCCGCGCGUGGAUGUGAUAGGAACGCUUCGAAAAACGUAGGCGGAAACGCGCGCGCGCACGUUUCCGCCCGAUAUACAAAUUGCUGCUCAAGUAAAUCGUAAGCCGCGACACACACACCUCGGCGGACGACUCGAGGUCGCAUCGACGACACCAUCUCCAUGUAUUGCGAUUAGGGUUUAUCAAUUUUUACAAAAAAAAAAAAACUUCAUCGAGUAACACACAUAAACUUAGGCGCGCGCGAUCUCACUCGCGGGCACUCGAAUCGUCGCGGCAUUCGAUUGCAGUGCAGUAUGCGGUUCAAUCACCGUAGAUUCUCGACGAUAACCGAUCAAACUCAUUAUAUUUUCGUCUCGAUUUAACGCAAAACACCUGCCCCGUUCAAUCUGUCUAAGGCCCAACUUGUACAAAUAUUGACUUUGAUCUUAAUUUCAAAGAUACCAGGAAAGUUGAAGUAAGGUUGAAGUCAAUCGCGUGGGAAUAAUCCUUUUAUUGACAUUGCGAUUAUAAUUCGGGUGCCGGCCAGUGUGCACGCAUGUACUCGUAUAUAUAAUAUAUAUACAUAUAUAUAUAUAUAUAUAUAUGUAUAUAUAUGUGUGUGUAUGAACGACUCGACAAAUAGAUGUGUAGUAGUUUCUAACAAAUUUUUAGCGUGUAUAUAUGUCCAAUUGAGAGCGUCGCGGGGCGAGAAAGAAGUUUUUUGAUAUAUUUCGAGAUUGCGCUUCGAUGGGCUACAAGUUACAUUUGGUGUACGUGAUAAGGUUUAUUGAGAGCCAUUAUUUACGGUUAACGUGUAAUAUCUAUAUUGGUCGGAUAAUUGCAUUCGUGUACCUUAGGCGUUUGUCGCGUGACGUGUAAUCGCUUGUAUCGAUAUGUAUCGAGGAUGCGGGCGGGGGUUUUUUCGCAGGUUCUCUUUCUUCCGUAAAGACCGGUACAGAUCACUUCCUCGAUGCCUACGUUAUCGUUGUUCCGAGAAGAAAGGUUAGAGGAAUAAAAAAAGAAAAAAACAAAAAAAGGGAAUACAAAAGUGCAGCCUUUCGCGCGAGAGAAAGAGAAAGAGAGAGGAAAGGAAGUACACCAAAGUGCAAUAAUCCGCGAAGGCAAACGGUUUAGCUCCGAAAUAGAAAUCACCUUUAUCGAGAUACGUAACGCGCUGAUAAAACCUGAUCUCAGCCGACACGUCUAUUUUUCAUGGCCGUAGAGCCGAUAUAUUGUGAAAGCGAAGAAGAAGAAAGAAGCAACACUUUCGAUGAAGAAGAUGCCGUAAAUUUUUCACGAUAUUUUUACACGAACCUGUAUCUCGCGAUAACCGAUCGAUUCUCAACUUUCUCGUGAUCGAAAGAGAGGAGUCAGGACCUUUCGUUUCUCUCGUCUCUUUUCUUUUUUUUUUAAUUGUCGCCGCUUUUGUUGCGCCGCUUGGUCGUUUCCGGUUUCCUUUUUGAGAUGAAUUAUGCGAGACGAGAAAGAAGAAGAAAAAGAAAAAAAAACAAAAUCCAUUUUCCGUCGAAAAUCGUCGAUUUUCGCUUACUUUCUUGUUUAUACGUUGUCUUUGUGCGUUUCUUUGCCGGGGCACAGUGCAGCUCCGUCAUUUUUGUAUGGCAAAAAAAGAAUAUAUUCAUGCGCUUCUAAGUUAUAUAUCAUAGCUUUUAAGUUGCAGCAUAUAUAUAUAAUAAGAAAGAAGCAGACGAUAAACGACUAACUUUAAAUACCAACUGUACAUUUGUAUUUAGUAAUCUUGUUUAUAAUACAUUAUAACAUUAUUAUAUUGUUAUUAAGUAUCCGAUUUGUAUCAUUUUUUAUCGAAAUUAUUAAAAAAUAACUUAAAAAUA